GGCAUUGCUGUAAAACAAAAAAGGACUGAGGGAGGGUCCAGACUCAUUUAUGUCCUAUACCGCCAGCCUCCUCACAUUACUGUGUAGUGUUGGAGCCCAUUUCUUGGGAGUUUGCUGAUUUAGGUGGAAAAUCAGUAAACAGUGAUUCAGAUUGGAGUACGUGUAAGAGGCUGCAGAAGAGUCAUUUUUUCCAAACCACUUCAGCAUUCACAACACCAGCACAGCUUCUCUCUCAGCUCUGCUGCUGAAGGCACUUUACAAGUGCGUGGAUCUUUGCGUGUCUUCUGGGAUGCUCUGGUUCUCAGGGAGGGCAGCCCUGCUCUGUCUGAGCUGCUGCCUGCUUAUAGGGCUGUGCUGCUGUGCUGAAGACACAGGGCCGUUCCCUAGAGAAGGUUCUGGAGAUGCCGACUUUGAGGAAUGGGGAUCUGGAUCUCCUUUUCUCCAUCUGCUCCACAGUUUUCCAGCCGACAGCCCCUUUAUCACAGAGACACCAGGGAAACAAGCUAACUGCACUCAGCGCUUUGUGCUGCCCUCUACCCCCAGCAUCUGCUGGGACCAUGUCGCCGGACCAGAGGACUUGAGCCAAUCACGUCUUCUGCUGCUGCAGAACAGAGCAGCCCUGCAGGCUGUGUCUGACUCCAGUGGAGUGGAGGAGGGGGGGCCCUCGUAUGAGCUCCAGGCCAAAGACGAGGUCCAAGGGAUCCACGCAGACCACCAGAGCACCACGGAAACUAUGCUGACCAUGGAGAAGGUGUUUGUGUCUUUGGAGGAGAAGAGGAGAGAAGGCACAGAACACGGAUUCCUCACAAGCAUGAAGGAGCACCUCGUCAACACAAGAACUGCCAUAGACAACAAACAAGCUGUGGCAUCUAUCCUGGAAAACAAGUUUUCAACUCUGGAACAAACUCUUUUCAAUAUGCAACUUCGAAUCAACAAACUCGUCCAAUAACAAUGUCACUAUUGUGUGUUGUUUAAUAUGUUAUUAAUAUAUUAACAUCAAUGUUGAAAAAGAAUGAUUCAUAUAAACUGGAAGAGACAAUUUGUCUCAUGGGAAAAACACUGUAUGAUGCAGCAGAAUUUCACAUUCACUAGAACUAGAAUAAAUAGUAAAUAAAUAAAUGGGUGAAUUGUGAUUUCCAUCAACAUCGUUCUAACAUUUUUAAUUUGGUUAUUAGUAAAUAUACAAAAAUUGUCAGGCCAAAGCAUCA